GACACCAUAAUGGCUACAGUUGUGAAGUGACGUACUACGCUCGCGUCUCAAAUCGUGCGAAAUAAUGCGCUGCAGCUGAGCACACCGUGCUGCAACCGAGUGCACAUCGUGUGGGAAAGCGUCGGAAGCGCUCGACCAAGGCGACGAGAGUCAAAGAUGUAGCGCCGUCGAGCGAGUACUUCGAAAAUAGAGUCAACUACGCGGACUUGCCCAGUUUCAGUUUUGCCAUAGCUUGCCGAUCGCACGCAUCCGAUGGAAACCUUCGCCUACGCGACCUACCUCCAACACCUGAUCGCCACUUUGGCGAUCGUUCUUCUCUUUCGAGUCAUCUGGGUUUUCGUCAGGAUCAGACAUGCUGCCGAAGCGUGCAAGAUUCCCCGGAGAAAACCUGCCAAGCUUAUGAUUGUGCUGGGAUCGGGCGGCCACACGUUCGAGAUGCUUAAGCUGGUGGAGAAUAUAUCGACAACGUCGUACAGCCCACGUGUCUACGUGACGGCAACAACGGAUCCAAUGAGCGCCGAUAAGGCCAAACAAUUAGAGAUGUGGAGAGUCGCAUCGUCGUCACAGGUCCUUCUCCUGAGAUUCCUCUCCUCUAAAAAGGACGCCACCGACGGUCCUGAGGCGGAAGAACCUUCCGACUAUGUUGUCGAGCGCAUUCCAAGGAGUCGCGAGUUGCACCAGUCCUGGCUGACAACGGUGCCAACGACGCUUUACGCACUUCUGGCAUCAGCACCCAUCCUUCUGCGCCAUUCACCAGAUGUCAUUAUCUGCAAUGGCCCAGGAACAUGUGUGCCAAUUGUUCUGAUGUCGUUUGUGCUGGCUGUGCUGGGUACAAAGAGGACAACGGUGGUGUUUGUGGAGAGCUUCUGUCGAGUCGAGACACUGUCAUUAUCAGGCCGCAUCUUGUACCACCUUGUCGACCACUUUGUGGUCCAGUGGCCCCAGCUCACAACCAAGUACCCUCGGGCUACGUACCAUGGCCUGCUCGUCUAAGUGAUCUCUGUGCAACUCAUGUGGAUUGUGCAAGGCAUUCUUAACCUUUAGAGCGCAGGGCAUAUUAGGAGAUGCGUUGGUCUCUCUCUCUCUCUCGCAUGGGGCUUACGAUAUCUGUGUUAUGCUAGCAACAUAAACAAGAGGCUUUAAAUGAAAUGAUGAUUAGUGUGCCUUGUUCAACAGUACAAAGUGAACCACUUUUUACAUGUAGUACACAGCUGUGUCCACCAACCUGCUGCUGCUUUUCCUUUCCCUGAGAUUGUCAGAGCAAUAGGUGUUCGCUGGUUUUACCAUGAAAAGCCAUUCAUUGUUCUUACAGAUUCAGUAAUCAUAAGAAAUUUUUGAAAUUUGGCAUUUUUUAGGAGAUGUAACUGUUUGCUGUGGCAUGUUUACGACAUAAUAGAUCAGGAGGCCAUGCAAAAUAAUUAAAUUUUUUUUUUUUACAUAUAAAACAACCAGAAAUUUUUUAGUGGAACAAGUUAUGGCUAGAAGAUGCAGUCUGUCCCGAGUUUUAUUGCAUUUGGAUUGAGUAGCAGAGAGUAAACAUGAAACAAGGUAUAUGAACAUUCCACUAUUGCAGCGAGUGCAUGCGCCGCGCCCGAGCUUAGUACGCAGAGGUGCUUGAUGGUUUUAAACACUUGCACAUGCAUUUGACAUUUCGCAAGUUUGAUGUAACACAUGCAUAGGCCUCGGCGUUUCCUUUAUUCUUGCAAGCUAUUGCUAUAACUUCGAGCAUGCUGUUGGCAUCUCAAAGUACUGCUAGAAACUCGUUACAAUGGAGAAAAAAAGGGAAGUACAAAAUCCUCAUUGUGUAGGUCUAACUUAGGAAACGUCAAAUGAAUUGAUAUGACUGCAAGUAUGGGGAGUAUUUAGGAGCCCUAAUGAAAGCUCCUGCUACGUGCAUUUCCAAAAGCAUGAAAGAAAAGUCUAGCACCAGAAGCACUGCAAGGGUACUUAAAGUACGUGUGAAUGAUUGGUUGGGCUCUCCUUUAUGCUGGAGUGUUUCUUCCAUCGCAUGAAUUGAAAUAGCGCAAAUGUCAGUGGAUUGUGAGAAUGCACUUUAUUGAGACGUUGAAUAGGUGCUGGAGUAACUAUAACAGUCACCAGAUGAUGUCAACUUCUGCCAGGCUCCCAAGUUUCUCGUAGUGGCUUUUAGCCCCAUGCAAAGAACUAAGUUUGGUGUGCACUUAUUGUAUUGCAGUCUUUGCGUUGUGGAGUGGUGUUGCCUUGCACAGUCCAGAUGAGUAUCUGAGGCACAGAGAUUACUGGGUUCCCCUCUGAUAGCCUGGCUUUUUCAGGUUCAUGGCUGUGAAUUUUGUCUGGGGCCAUUUGGCUGUGGAAUUUAGAGAUGCACCAUCGCUGCCUUAAAACAUAAGGUGUUAGCUUCAUGCAUUUUGUUUGGCUGCCAACAAUGCUUAUAAGGUCAUUGCAUUGAUAUGUGGGUGCCAUACUUGUUUCAUAAUGUUCCUAGCUUUACAGCCUAAAACUUUUUACUCCUCUAUGAAACAUGUAGGAUAAAAACAAAACAAACAUUACAUGAAAGCAAGCAUUUCUGUAUGAUGCUAGUAUUGCAACAGUGUUUUUGCUAAGAUAUAGUCUGCUAAUAAAUGAAUAUGGAUCUCUGUGUGUUGUGGAGAGGCAUGCCACUAACAAUACCUAUAACUCGACGCUACCAAAGCGUAAUAGCGAUAGGGAGAGAAAAUGGGUUAUCUUUUAUCCUCCAUAUGGUUCUAUACAAUUUUUCUGUGCCAUCAAUGUUCAACCUAUUUGGUUGUUAGACUGUGAAACCAUUAUCUGCCUGUGCACACUUUCUUGCACGGCACAGGAAGCAUUUAAACACUGAGUAUUUCCACAUGAGCUUUGUGUGCAUCGGUGAUAGAAAGUAAUGAAGUAGUGGAUUGUUCAUUCAGGAACAAAUUUUAGGGUAGAUUUGUGGAAGACGCUGCAUUUUUUAAAAGUCUCAACACAGGAUCUGCAUUAUGUUCUUAAAGAAUGGUGAUGCUUUUAUAAACUCAUCAUAUUCUGGCACUUUGGUGCGCAAUUGGACAUCAUUGAUUUUAUACCGACACUAAAGAUUCAUAGACUGAUGUUCUUAAGAAAAAGGGGAGGAAGCACUGAACAUGGGCAGUGGCCACGCAUUUCAAUGGCAUUCUUGGAAGGAAUAGUUGACACUGAAAUUGUCAGGCCUACUUAUGUUGGAUACACAUCGUGCAGGCUUUUGCAAGAUGUUGCCUUCAGCACGAUUCUGAACUGCUUUGGUGACGUGAAUUAAUCGCAGUGUGCAUUCCCGUGCAACCAGAUAUUCUAUUUGCAUGCAAUAUCGAUGUUGUGUAUGUGCUUUUGUAUGGCAGCUGAUAUGCAUUGAGGCUGAGUGAAGAAUGUGACCAAACAGAACAGCACAGCCAUGAACCUGAAUGGAGGCUCCAGAGUAUUUUUGCUGCAGCGCGCCCAAAGUCCAUGGCAAGCAUAUGUCCAUUAUUGCCAAUGGGGACGGAGAAUUCACCCUAUACUAGAAUGUGUCGAUGGCGGUGGUGUCAUGCUUGUAGCUAAGCGCACUUGACGCAGGCUCUUUUGUUCGAUGCCCCUGGGUUGCUGCUGGUUCAGUAGCCCGAGGCAAGCACAAGGUUUGCCACACAGGUAGCUAGCUGCAGACUGCAUUUAAACCGAGACACCACGACACCUAAGGCACUGCACCACGUAAUUGUUUGCAGUGGCUGAUAACACAGGUUGGAAGGCAAUGUUCUAGCUCUCAAAUGACUUCUAGCACCACUGAUAUGUCUAGGAGUGUUGCCUGCUGUGCAGCUCUUGAUUUCUUUGUUCUCAUCUUUUUUUACACAGGGUUUUUCUACUACUUGAGGUUACUACUACUGAGUGGAUUGCGAGCAGCCAAUACGUUCGAAUGUUCGAUUCUUUGAUCUUAUUUUGGUUCCCCGCCCCUUUUUACUCUCUUUCGAGAAUGAGAGGUUCUUCUAGCAACCACCACUGCACAGAGCAGGCCUUUGCUGCAGCAUGGAUGGUUGUAAUGAAUGCUGUGAGAAAUGUUUAGAUGGGAGAAACAGACCCAUGCAGAAAUCAAUUAAAAAACAAAGGGAUUAUAUAUUUUAAGGAAGAGAAUGCUAGUCGUGAGAACAGUUGGGAUUCAUAGCAAAUUGCAAGGACAGUAGCGCAUCUCAGGUUUUAUUGUUGAUUUUUUUUUUCACUCCUCUCGAAGGUAACAAGCAACAUAUCCUGCUUUCCAGCAGUGCCCUGAUCUGCUGUAAGUCCUUCAGUAAAACCGGGGCACGAUUGGCCGAAUUGUUUUCUAUUUUUGAGUCUCCGGUUAAACUGCAGCGACGACCUCUGUGUGUUAUUCAUUCUCAGGAUUCUGUUUCUAAUUUUUUAGUCUCUAGUACAAAGCUGGGGCAUGUGCAAAUAUGCUUCGUUCGUGGCUGGCCCAUGGACGAGGCGUUAUGCAUUUAAGAGUGCUUCAAGCCCAUUUUGCAAGCUAUGGCACUUCCCAAGACAUCUGCCUUUAUAUUUGUUCCCUCGUAGUUACAUUCACAAGCUUCCCACAUGCAAUUUAAUGACAGUAUUGUCAUCACGGGCGCUUUGAGCCAAACUGCGCUGCUUGUGAAGUGUGUGCCGAAAACCUGGGACAUCCAAGGAAAAAGUGAUGCCUGUUAUCAAAGCUGUUUCACAAGCUUCUUUUGCAAUGGCUUGACAAGUGCAGCUAAUGCAAGUCACGCACAGCUUAAGGAAUGCCAAGCGUAGAGCCUGUAAAAUGUGUCUGUGCCCACAACUUGAAGAAAUUGGCUCAGUGAAGUGGACGCACAGUGUUUUCUUUUUUUUGUUUGGAGUGUGCAAUCCUGGAUUUUUGAGAUCUCCAGAAUAAACUUAUAACACCACUUA